AUGGCAAUUGAAGGUGUGCAGCCGUCGGCAGCUCGGCAGCUUUUACUCCAGCAUACACUUCUGCCGCUAAUAUCGAUCCAUCUGACCCUCAAUGCUGACGCGCUCUUCCAAACAGAGUGCAAUGACACUCUGAUAUCUACGCUUCUGGUUCUCAGACCCUACGGCAACAAUGCUCGGUAUAGUGUCCCGAACCAAAGCUACCGCAUUGCAAAUCUUCAGCUUAUAACUCGAACGUACGGGCUGUUUCCCGUUCGGUUCGAUGCACCGCUUCCUGAAUUACUCACAGUACACAAUCUUGCCGAAGAUAAGAAGGGAGAGAUAGCGCCGCUCUUCAGUAUUUCGUCCUUGGAGCAGCUUCUCAAGCAUGCAUCGGCAAAUUCUAGAACAGACUUGUAUUCAGAUAUGUUCCGCAAGGUGUUGACGUCAAACCGGAUUCUGCUGUUUGACACUUUGAACCACCCAGUAGCACACAUUUUCGUAGUAGACUAUGCCACUGAUUCGGUCGAGACAGUUCGACAGCUCCUCGUAGAGUUCCGCAACUUUGCGUUUCCGCGGUACUUUCAGAUCUCGGACGUUUUGUUCCAUGCGUUUGUGGCAUUCGACUCCCGUAUCGUGGCAGAGACCGAGGUCCGGAGGUUUCAAGAGGAGCUCCGAACGGCGCUCUCGGUAGGAUCGUCGGCGUUGCCCAUGUUUCUGGGCGUGGACUCGGAUCCGCUGAAGGUUCGGAUGUCGAAGCUUGUAGACAUGACUAUCCAAGAACAAGUGCAACAUCUCUCUCUCCAACAUACUGCCGAAGACAAUGAAAGCAUACAUGUGCCAAAACUGCUUGAUAUGACGCUACGAUUAAAGAUCUACGAGUUUUUGUCGAAGGUAUUGAUUCCCUAUAUGGAACAGAAGAUCCGUGUAUGGGAUGAUCUGGUGCUCCUACCCAAAAAGUCUAUCACAGGACGCUUGUUCUCCGUCUCUCGGAAGUUCUUCAACAAUAACAACAACGACGUGACUGCCAGCGGAACAAGCCCGAACACGUUCAAUCACCAAGACAACUACUACUAUCGUUCGUCUCCCGAGCAGGUCAUUCGAAAACUCGCAGAUUGGUCUCUCAUGUUGAAGGACUUCAAGUAUGCAUAUUCCACCUAUGACCUCAUAAAAAAGGAUUAUACAAACGACAAGGCUUGGGUCUAUGUGGCGUCAACACAGGAACUUUGCAUUAUUUCGCUUCUUUUAGCUCAAACACAGCCGCUGGCGUCUGACACCCUUCCUUUGAUUCCAGAUAGAAACACACUAAGAAAGAUACGACAUGAUAUCAUCGAACCUUACAUGGAUAACCUCACUUACACCUUCAAGCUGCGGUUCAAUGUAAAAACAUAUGCCAUCAGGAGUUAUUUAAUCGUUGCAGAGUUGCUUUUGAACAUGAGCAGCAUGUUUAGUAUUCCCUGGUGGUGGGACGACUUGAUCGAAGGCUAUUUUCUCAAAGCAGCAACGGAUAUAGAUGCUCAUUUAAUCAGCUCUGGAGCUGUGUCCGGUCCACAUGUUCUCCGCGCAAUCAUCUAUGAGCGCAUUGGCUAUGCAAAAGCCAUUGCAUAUUACGUUCCAUUAGAGGCUGCUGACCUUCUUCAGCCAGUCCUCAAAGAGGGCGUUUGCGUACAAGUGCCAGAGGAAGUCGAGGAGGGCGGGUAUGAGAAUUCGGCAAAGAUAAUGCCUCAGAAUGACAACUGCAUUUCGGGCAGAACAAGGUUUAGAAAAAGUGCCAUGUGGUAUCUCAUGGCCCUGUGGGAGUGGCGGGAUCUAGACAAUCCACAUCAGGUGCUUCGUUUGUUGCAGAACUUGAAGAUCCGUUUCAAUGUGGACGAGGUUACUAAAAACUGGUACGAUAGACAGGGAAUGGCUCUAGAGUCUCUCAAAAGCUUCUGCUUGCCAGCAAACAGAGAACAAGCCAGUUAA